AUGCCCCCAACCGACCUCCCCGAAACGCCGACGCAGCUUGACCCCUCGAAGGAGAGCCUACAACAGAACGACGAGAAGGCAGAAUCACCUGCGGACCAUAGUUGCCCUCAAAAUAUGGAUGAUUCAAAGGAAGACUCAAUAAAGGUUACAGACUCGCCCGACCUAGUCCCGCCUCAGCCGGACCCGCUGGCGGGACAAAUGGAAGGGCUAUCAGUGUCAGCGAAGAAUGUGUCGGAGGCUGUGCCUACACCUGUAUCCCAAGCAAAUACUCCCCCGCCCCCUCCUCCUCCCGAAAAAGACGAUGCCUACGUGAACUCCACGAACCCCCUGGCGCUCACAAUACCGUCAGCGAACGACCCCACCUCCGCUCCAAGCUCCGAAAAAGAGCUCCCAGACGUGCCUGGAGAUAGUGACCCAGAGUCGAAGAAAGCUAGGAAGACCGAUGAGUCUCGCGAUGAUGAUAAUGGCUCACAGCCGGAGAUCCAGAGCAUCAUGGGCCAAUUCCAGGACCCUGCGCGAACUACUGAUCAGCAGGAGAUCAUGUCUCCCCGACUAGAGCUCGCCGACCAAUUUCGUGGCCACCAACAUUACUUUCCACCUCGCAAGUCAAGUCUAGAGCCUGUACAGCCCACGUCGACUGGAUCUACGGCUGCCUCACCACCGAGCCUUAAGCACCCCUCACCCGCAUCUCAGCACCAUCAUACCCCCGGCGGCUACGAUGAACCGCCUGCAAUGAGGCGACAAUCAUCUUCUUCAACAGUCCCACCUCCACCCGAGCCUGAACCCGAUCAGAGGUUUGAUUUCCAUCGCUUCCUGGAGCAACUGCGUCACCGGACGGCCGAUCCGGUGGCCAAGUUCCUGCGAUCAUUCCUCUUGGAAUUCGGAAAGAGACAGUGGAUGGUUCAUGAGCAAGUCAAAAUCAUCAGCGAUUUUUUGGCUUUUAUCACAAAUAAAAUGGCCAUAUGUGAGGUGUGGCGUGAUGUGUCGGAUAGCGAAUUUGAUAACGCCAAGGAAGGGAUGGAGAAGCUCGUCAUGAACCGCCUAUACUCCCAAACUUUUGCACCGGCGAUCCCAGCCCCACCCACCAUUCCCAGAAGUGCUAGCCGCAGUCGACGAAGAGAGAUCGAGAGAGCCCAUGGUCCUUGGCGGCGUGGUCAACACCAGGAAGAUAUUGAGCGGGAUGAUAUCUUGGCACAGAAGAUUCGCAUAUACAGUUGGGUCAGCGAAGAACACCUAGAUAUACCUGUUGUGAGCGGCAGUGGGCGUCGAUUCUUGAACCUUGCUCAACAAGAAAUACUUAAAAUUAAUGGCUACCGAGCACCGCGGGAUAAGGUUAUCUGUAUUUUGAAUUGCUGCAAGGUUAUUUUUGGUCUUUUGAAAAACUCCAAAAAGUCCGACACCUCGGCCGAUUCCUUCGUUCCGCUCCUUAUCUACGUGGUGUUGCAUGCGAACCCCGACCAUCUCGUCUCUAAUAUUCAAUACAUCCUGCGGUUCCGCAACCAAGAAAAGCUCGGCGGCGAAGCCGGAUACUAUCUGUCAUCCCUGUCCGGGGCCGUCCAGUUUAUUGAAACGCUAGACCGCACAAGUCUCACCGUCAGUGACGAAGAAUUCGAGCGCCAUGUCGAAGCAGCAGUUCUGGCGAUUGCAGAAAAGAACCGCGAACAUGAAUCCAUGCAUGAAAAGCCCUUAAGCCAACCCACAACCUCGCGCGGCCCUCCCCAGUCUGGCCCAGUCCAGCCUGGGCCAAGCCGUAAAGAUGCAUCUCAAUCUAGCGAUGAUGACACAUCUGCACCGGUCGCUGGCCUAUUACGAACCAUCCAAAAACCUCUCUCCACAAUCGGUCGCAUGUUCUCCGAUGAAACCGAUGCCGGGGCCCCUCAUGAUCGGCCUCUUCAACCAGCCGCUACGCCCCAACCAGCUCCCGCGCCGCCUCGUCUCACGCCGAAUGUGUAUCAGCCCCCGCGCUCCAGUAGCGAAGGGAGACGCUCCGGCGACGAGCGUCCAUUCCCGCAAGAAGGCGCAAAGAAGAAUCUGACGCGCGUCCUCGACGCCCAAGACGCAGCAGCUCGCCAAGCCAGUGCAGAAGAUGCCGAGGCACGGCGCAUCCAGCGCGCUGAACAUAAUAAUGUCGUCGAGACGCUGUCGAACAUGUUCCCCAACCUGAGACCGCGAUUUGGUCUAGCUGUCGACGCAUGUCUUGCUCUCAGCACAGAGUAG